CUUCAAAUUGAUGUUAUCAAGUUGGUGAAAGAAUCGCGACAGAAAUAUCAUGUUUAAUGACGGCGUUAUCAGUAGCCUACAGUCGUCGAACACAUUUGAAGCAUUAUCAGUCUUUGCUGUUUAUAGUAACAUAUCGUGGACGUUUUGAUCUAGGACACAUUUAACGCAUCAAGAUCAGAAAUGAGGCAAUCUAAAUAUGUAUUUAGAUCGUAUAAGUUCACUAUACUGUUAAUAUUGACAUCGAUGUGUUUUCUGGUUUUAUUUUGCUACCAUUAUAAUGUCAUUGUUUAUUGGAUUUUACGGCCUAGAUACCUAGAAAUAAUGGAAAGAAAUAAAAAGGUGUUUAAUUUACCUGAACUCAGAGAGUCUUCUAGUGUCAGUAAAGUACGUACCCUUUUUGAAAUCAAUGAAAACGUUAAGAAUGAGACAAAAGAUCUAGAAGAGACAACAUUGAACAGAAACAGUACAGAAAAUAUUCUCUGGUAUAAUAAACCGAGUUAUAUCAAUCUGACGUUUGCAAACAAUGCUUUACAAUUAGCCUGUGUGUAUAACAAUUGCAGAAUGUUUGCCGAUGAGAAAAAUAUAGAUAGAUAUACAGCUGUGAUAUUCUCCGUCACAGAUCCUCUUGAUUAUCAGCCACCUAUCACAAUAAGCCAAAGAAAUCCUAAUCAAGUCUGGAUAUUUUUCUCCUUGGAACCACCCGUGGACCAGGAUUUUCUUUCCUACAGACGUGUGAACUGGAUAAAUACUAUGAACUGGUCGAUGUCCUAUGACACAGAAAGUGAUAUAUUUUUCCCUUACGGAAUAUUGAAAGCUAGAAAGGAAACGGAAAUGUUAAACCCACGUAACUAUAGUGAUUUGUUUCGCAGUAAGACAAAACAAGUAGCCUGGAUUGUGAGUAACUGCGGAGCACCAAGUAGGAGGGACGAAUAUGUUAAUGAGCUGAAAAAGUUUGGAGUUGAAAUAGAAAUAUUUGGCAAAUGCGGAAAUAAAUAUGUACGUGAUAGGAAACAACUAACGGAUCAUAUUCAGAGUAACUUUAAAUUCCUGCUAAGUUUCGAAAACAAUUUUUGUAAAGAUUAUAUUUCUGAGAAAUUCUUCUCUUUUUAUAACUUGGAUGUGAUUCUGAUCGUUCGCGGGGGCGGAGAUUAUGACAGUCUCCUCCCAGGUGAUACGUUCAUAAACUCCGCCCACUUUAUCUCUCCUGGAACAUUGGCGGACUAUAUUAUGAAAGUUGGGUCAUCUGAGAAAAUGUUUACAGACUACCUUAAGAAUAAGGAUAGAUAUAUCGCUUCGGAUCUGUUUUCUUUGCCAAAAGGUUACUGUAGCCUUUGUGCAAAGUUAAACAAUUUGGAUGAUAAUCGAAUAACUUAUGUUGACCAUGUUGCUUACAGACAGAAUGGGUCUUGCUGGGAACCAAAUGAUGUUACGUUUACAAGAAUAACUUUAAUCGAGACAUUUCUACCUUUUAUCAUUUUUGUUGUCUCAUUCGCUUUAAUUUAUAUUUGUAUCAGUCGAUUUUUCUAAUCUAUGUAUUCAGAUAAAACAAUAAAGGUGCAGCCUCACACGAAAAUGAUAUGUAAUUUAUAAUGCUUUCCUCAAUGUAUCAAAAACAAAUAAUUUUUAAUGAUAGAGUGGGACAAACACAUAAGUCAUAGUAGCACGAUAUUACUAAGGAUUGUAAUAUCGUGUGCGGUUCCUACCUUCGUUGAGUCGUAUACAGAUGAGUUUUGAGCUGAAAGAAACUACCCAGUACCAUAUAUUUUC